UGGACAAUCACAGGGAUCACAUCUCUUACGUUUUGUAUAUCAAUGAUACUUUCUCAUUAUGUACUCAGGAAGAAGUUGUUCCAUGAUAUAGAGCUUAAGUCAAGAUUUAACGCACACAUUUUUGGGAUAACUUUUGGAUUUUGAGUUCUCUUCUUCCAGCUUUUCUUACUCGAAAUUAUGGAAAUAGACACAAUGAGCACCAGAAGUGUAUUCUGGAAGUUCUGCCUUUAUUCUUUGGAUAUAAUACUCUUCUACUUGCUCCCAUUUGCAUAUCUAAAGGGAAAGCUGGAGAAUACCCAAAACACCACAUUGUUUUGAACUCAGAAUAUUUUCCUUGGGUUUUUCCUCUCUUUCCUUGCUGUACUUUUUAUCUUUGUUCAGAUUCAUAAUUAUUGGUAUUAUGAUAGCUCCAAAGAAAAUACAGACGGAUUCUUGUUCUCAGUUGUUGCUCUAGCAGUAUCAGUCCCAAUGCAGACAAAGCUAUUGGUUUAUACAGGAGUGAUUCUUACAGCCAUGCUUCAAGGCUUUGCUGGCAUUAAUCUAUUCUUCCAGCAUAUAUUUGACCCUCUAUUUGGCAUUGAGCUACUGGAUGAAGAACUAGAUUUCAGUGUGACAAGAGCACCCAGAGAGAAGAGAGUUCAAAACUUGAAAUCCAUCCUAGAUAUGAUUGUUAAGGAGAAAACUAAGUUACAAAAAUUAAGGAAAAAGCAAAGCUCUCAGACCCAAGAAAGCUCAGGCUUCUUAGGGGGCUUCUUUAGAAAUCCAUUUUCUUCGAAAGAAGGUGAACUACGAGAUAAAAUCGACGUCUGACAAGCCGAGAUUAAGACAAUGGAAAAAGUGCAAGAAGAAUGCUAUCAAAAUAUGCUCUAAUUUCCCAUCAAAUUGAACAAAAGAGAAAAUUUAUGACCACACCGAUCGGAAGAGUAUUGUCAAUAUUCGGAAAAAUAAUUGCAUUUUUCUGUAUUUUAAAAAUCCUUGGAACUCUCCGAUCAAUAUUUGCUUCUUCAAAUAUCAACACAGAUGGAGGUAUCAAUAGGAAUGUAAAAUCUGCUCUGAGCUAUCUCCCUUUUGCAUUCAGAGAUGAUAUUUACAAUGAUCUAAUAGUUCAGUACAUAUCUUUCGUAUUCGUAGGAUCAUUGAUCUACCUUAAUGUAAACUCAUUGUUCAACAAUCUACUAGCAAGUCUGAAGAACAUCUUGAUGAGGGAGACAAAGAUCAAAUUAUCCUCUAACACUACAAUGAUUGUCUUCUGUUUCUUUAUGGGAAUAUAUUUUAUGUCUAAUGUGCUUCUCAUGAGUAUGAACCUGCAUCAGCGCUACAGAAGCUCUAUAGACGAUAUUUUAGAAAAGCAGCUGAACUACGCGCUCAUAAAGUGGGCAUUCGACCAUGUUUUUAUUGGUGCAAGUAUAGGAUCUAUCUGCAUCUUAUCUUUUAACAGAUACGUAUAA